AAGGUGGUUUGUUGACGGUAACCAGGUGAUAGGUGACACAAAGCAAACUUCUGUUGCUCCUUUUUAAGUUAUGAAAAUAUUAUAGGAUAGAGCGGAACAAAAUAAAAAGACAUGUCUGGAGCUAAAUCGGGUAGUUCGGCUAGGCGGAGGAAAGACGAUAAGCCGGCUCCACCUGUCGGACCUGGUAGUAAAAUAUCAUCUCUACCUGCUACUGUCAAGAAACAUAUUAAGCCAAGAAUGGAGGGUGUUAAGGGAGUCGAAUUGCACUUUUCAACUAUGUUGGCUAAAGCUCUUCCAGCCGAAAUAUAUAAAAAUGAAGAGGUACAGGAUUUUGCCAGAACUUUAGACGCUCCGAAUAAUAAAAUGAAAAAAAUACCAGCAGCAAUUUCUGAACUACGAGAACUAGAUAAUCUAAAUUUACAUAAUAAUCUACUUGCAAAAUUACCGGGUACAAUUGCAAAAUUGAAACAGCUCAGAACAGUUGACGUCGCUGGUAAUCAAUUGAAAAGCCUUCCCGCCCGUACCCAUAAGGCAAGUCAAUUAACUGCCCUAGAUGCGUCUCACAAUAAAAUAAGGAAAGUUCCUGCAAAGCUGGGAACUGCUCCAUCUCUAAAAACGCUGGAUUUGUCGCACAAUAUGAUAAGAACAUUGAAGAAAAACGUAUACAAAAUGCACAUGGACAUUGAUGUAUCUAACAAUCGAUUAAAUGAAUUGCCUUCAAUAAGUAUUAAGAACCCUGGCCUUCAUAAAUUAAACGCCUCUUCGAAUAAUCUUCAAUGCUUACCGUCAGGCAUAGAAUUUUUGUCUUGUUUGACCCACUUAUACUUGUCUGACAAUGAUUUACAAGAGCUACCGCCUCAAAUAGGCUUAAUAAAAUAUCUUGAAGUUUUGGAUGUUAGUCAAAAUAAGUUGACACAACUACCUGAAGAGCUAUGUGAAUUGGAAUUUUGUUUAAGAGAGCUAAUAGCCAACAUGAAUAAAAUAGAACAUAUUCCCGCGAAUAUUGAUAGAUUAUAUCAGCUGCAAGUUCUUGAUUUAUCACAUAAUCUAAUUAAAUCUUAUCCUUCUCACUUAGAGAAAGUCCAAGGAAAAGACUCUAGGAGUUUCAAGAGUUUAAAAGUUCUGAAAAAGAUCGAUUUAUCCCAUAAUCAGCUUAACAAAAUGGAUCCUCUGGUUCAUUUGAAAUCAUUGGAGUAUUUGGAUCUUUCUUUCAAUAAUGUUGAAUUUAUUCCCGAACAUAUAGAUUUGUUAAGGAGUUUGGUACACUUGCAAAUGAAUAACAAUGCUAUAGCCUAUAUCCCUGAAAAACUGGGAUUGAUAACUUCUUUAAAACAUAUUUUCCUAGCUAAUAAUAAAAUACGCAGCGUUCCUGAAAGUUUGGGUGAUGAACAAUUGUUAGAAACGCUAGAUUUAUCCGAUAAUCUAGUUGAAGAAAUGCCAAGAGAAGUAAGGAAGCUAAGAAAAUUAUUUUUUUUGAGGCUCAAUAAGAAUAAUCUUCAAGCGUUACCGAAAGGUUUCGAUUAUUUACAACAGCUUGUAGAGUUGGACGUUUCUAAUAAUAAAUUGAGCGGCUUCUCCUUGCCAGAAUCAACACAAAUUUUACGUAUUUGCGGAAAUCCAAUACAAAUGCCGGCAGACGAUUCGAGGGGUUCACUCUUUGUACACUUGGAAAAGCCACAAUAUCGUCGUAACUUGAAAGAACUAUAUGCUUCCGAAUUAGCAAUGGAAGAGGUACCACCCAACGUGUGCAAACUAAAAAGUUUAACAGUAUUGGACUUGCACCAAAAUAACUUGACAGAAUUACCAGUCGAACUUUUUCAAUUGCGAGCUUUAACAAGUUUAGAUCUCAGCAGCAAUAGUAUUACUACCUUACCGGAGAUACUUGGAACUAAUCUUCGUAAUUUAAGAUACUUAAACAUGUCAUCUAACUCACUCACGGAAUUUCACAUUUCCUUAACACAUCUACCGGUUCUUCAAUAUUUGAAUCUAUCAGAAAAUAAAAUAGCCUCAUUUCCACCGAAUAUGGGAGAAUUAAGGGAAUUAACAAUCCUUAACGUUUCCAACAACGAAAUCUGCUGGUUUCCUAACGAUCAAUUAGAUAUAUUAGCUUCACUCCUCGAACUGGAUAUUAGCAAUAAUCAUAUAGAUAAAUUUCCUAUAGAUAUACCUUAUUUGUAUAGGAUGAAAAUUUUAAACGCUUCGUCCAAUGAUAUUUCAUCAAUUCCUAAAGAUAUUUUCAAGAUGAAGCAUCUUGUUCGAUUACAACUGCAAGAUAAUAUAAUUGAAGACCUUCCAGAGACGCUUAGUAAGCUCCCCUCUUUGAAAGAAAUAGAUAUUAGCGACAACAAGGUCGUUUAUAUGCCUAGUUGUUGGGAAACAAUGAGGAAGAAGGACAUAAAAAUGCUGAAUGAAAAUCAAACAAAAUACAAAGAGAGAGAUCCUCGGGAGAGACCGGCUCCAACUCCCGAACCUGAGAAACCAAAGAGAAGAGGGAAAAAGGGAGGGAAAAAGAAGGGUGUGAAAUCAUCUGGAGUAGGACCAUCACGUCCAACAACCGGAUUAGAAAAAAAACCUGUUAAUUAAUGAAGCUCUUUAAUGAAAAACUCACCUUUAUUAAGAGUAAGUUUUCUCUUUUAAAAGUAUUGGUAAAAGUUAGAGAAACUAUGACUUAUUUUGUACAUUAACCCAGACAAAACAUAAAAUUAUAAUAGCAAAGACAGGGAAAGAGAAACAAAGAGAUAAAGAUGAUUGAUAUAUUUAUAUACCUUUUACAUUGAAAGAGAGAUUUAUAUAUGUAUAUUUAUACAAAGUG